AUGAUUUCAUCUGAUGCUCCAUUAGAUUCAGCAAAUUUACCGCUUGAACAUAGGGGAGCUUUCGUUGGUCCAUCCGGACAAUAUGGUCCUCCGGGUCCGCAAAAAGAUGAUCCGUGGCCUCUUUCCGCACCCGACAUGCCACAAAUAAAACACUUGCAAGUUCAGUGCGAAAAAACUCACAUGAGAGUCAACAUAGAAUUCGAUAGACCAUUUUAUGGAAUGAUAUUUUCCAAAGGAUUUUACAGCGACCCACAUUGCGUGCAUUUAAAACCCGGUACGGGACAUUUAAGUGCAACUUUCGAAAUUUUCCUCAAUUCGUGUGGCAUGUCAUCGUCCGCAAAUCACAUUGCCGGAUAUGGUGGGCCCACACCAUCCGGAAGCUACGUCGAAAACACCAUUAUUGUUCAAUACGAUCCGUACGUGCAAGAAGUUUGGGAUCAGGCAAGAAAAUUAAGAUGUACCUGGUAUGACUUUUACGAAAAAGCAGUUACGUUCCGUCCUUUCCAAGUUGACAUGUUACACGCCGUCACGGCUAAUUUCCUGGGUGAUAAUUUGCAAUGUUGGAUGCAAAUUCAAGUUGGAAAAGGACCUUGGGCUUCUGAAGUUUCCGGAAUAGUUAAAAUCGGUCAAACCAUGACAAUGGUAUUAGCAAUUAAAGAUGACGAAAAUAAAUUCGACAUGCUUGUGAGAAAUUGCGUGGCACACGAUGGAAAACGAGCUCCGAUUCAAUUAGUCGAUCAAUACGGAUGCGUCGUGAGACCUAAAAUAAUGUCACGAUUCCAAAAGAUUAAAAACUUCGGACCGAGUGCCAGCGUAGUUAGUUUUGCCUACUUCCAAGCGUUUAAAUUCCCAGACAGCAUGAACGUACACUUCCAAUGUGUCAUACAAGUAUGCAGAUACAACUGUCCCGAACCGAAAUGCGGCGGCGGCGGUUUAUCGGGAGACUAUGGAGUUCCUCUAUUGGGAGGAAGUGCGACCGGAAUAUCCGGACACGAUUUAGCCAAUUCUCUACAUGCCGAAUACGGUCCUCCUCUUCACGCCGAUUUUGCCGGACCCGCUUUCCCAGAUCCAAGACAUCCAUCGGGUCCCUCCGGAGCAUAUUCGGAACCCAAGCCAGAUAUAAUUCCAGCUCCUCAAGCUCAACAAUUAUCAUCAUCGACUGUCAUUUCCUCUCCCACCUCUCCCACGCCCCAAGCUUUAAAAUCAAACAACGAAGUUCAUCUUCCUCCGCCUCCAUUACCAGGUCAAUUCGCUUCUUACACGACGGUCAAAAGAAAAGGAACGGCAUCGGAAAAUGAAGGUAAUCUCGCGACGUUGGGUGGCAGACCGCGAUCGGUUGAUCCUAUCGAUCUCCAAGGCAUACGUAAAAGAAGAAACGCAGAAGUUAACGAACCGAUUAACAUAGUCAUGACUCGAGUUUACAAAAGAGAAGCUCAAGAAAUGACCGACGUAAACACUUCGAGGAUCAUUCAAGUUGUCGCUCCGGGAGACGUCAAUUUUGCUCUCAAUUCUCCAUCAUCGAACGAAACAGUAGUAAUUCAAUCGACCAACGACCCAGAAAACAUUUGCAUGUCCGUACCCAGUUUCGUCGGAGGAUUGGUCAUGCUUCUUCUUGUUCUAGUUGUUAGUUGUCUCGUUGCCGCUUUUCUCUUUGUUCGCGUUCGAUCAUUCGACCAAAAAGGAAUUGUCACGGCGUUCGUACAUCCCGGUUACGACAAUGCCGAAUUCGUUAAAUGCGCGAAUUGA